AACACAUUCCGGAUCACACGAGAUGGGUCGCGAACUGCAGAAGAAGAAGAACCGGUCUUCAAUCCCCAAGAAGCGCCAAAAGGGACCGUCCAAGAAGAAGAUUUUGCAAAACCCCAUCAUAGCGCAGCACUGGAAUCAAAAAGAAACACUAUCGCAAAACUACCGCCGCCUUGGUCUCACGGCGCGCCUCAACCAUGCCACUGGAGGCACAGAAAAGACGAUUGCGCUGCUUGGCCUCAAUGACGAAAAGUCGUCGCGCGCGGAUACCGCCGCCGGCAGCACAGCAAAUGCCCUGAACAUUGUGUCCAAAGCGAAGAAGCCGGAGACUAUUGUCACAGAAGAGGUUGAAGUCGAGCGCGACCCCGAGACGGGAGCCAUUCUCCGCGUCACUGGCUCGCUGGAGAGCAAGGAUAACCCGCUAAACGACCCGCUGAACGAAAUCGAAGCCGAGGGCGAGGAGAUGGAAUGGAACGGAUUUGCCAUGGUGCCUCAGCACAGAGACGGUGAGCCGGAGAACCCGGUCAUCAAACAGCUGGAAGAGGCCGCCAUGAACGGCGCAAAGAAAGGACCGCGGGGCCAGAGCCAGCGAGAGCAAGAAUGGGUGGAGCGAUUGGUGAACAAGUACGGGGACGGCUAUGCGAAGAUGGCGAGGGACAUGAAGCUCAACCCCAUGCAGCAGACGGCAGCAGAUAUACGGAAACGGGUCGUCAAGUGGCAGAAAGCGCAUGCAAAGGCGUGAGUGCAUGGCGAGGCUUUUUACAGCGUAUGUGCAUGGAAGCAGGCGUCAGGGCGUUUCGGGACACAGCUAUCACGCGCAUCAGCAUCCAUGUGUGUUUGCGAGAGAGAGCUUGUUAGCAUUUCAAAAAUAUUCUAGUCGUAGCG